AUGUUUUCCAAUCCUUUUUCCAGAGGCAUCCGUCGGAGUAAUGAUAAUGUGGACGAGAAGGAGAUUGAAGAUGAUACAGCCUGGACGCAAGUCCUAAUGGGGCAUCUCCUAAUCUUCAAUACGUGGGGCUACAUCAAUUCCUUCAGCAUAUUCCAAGAAUACUACACCACACAACUCCAGCAAUCACCUUCUGCGAUCUCCUGGGUAGGCUCUUUGCAAAUAUUCCUCACCCUAUUUCUCGGUACCUUCGCCGGCAUAGCGCUUGAUUCGGGUCUAUAUCGUGUCGUGCUCUUUGUCGGCCCUUUGCUGCAGUUAAUUGGGAUAUUCCUUACGUCUAUCUCAACCAAAUACUGGCAUCUUCUCGUCUUGCAAGGGAUAGUACAAGGGCUUGGAGAUGGUCUGAUAUUUGGACCCACCAUUACAAACAUUAGCACGUAUUUCAGCAAAAAGCGAAGCUUGGCGAUGGCGAUAGUAGCUACCGGGACUGCUACAGGAGGCAUUGUCUUUCCAAUCAUUGCCCAGCAGCUAUUGCCCAGAAUUGGAUUUCCGUGGACUAUCCGAGUCUUAGGAUUCGUCGUUUUGUUCAACGCCAGCAUCGCACAGUUCUUUGCGAGGGAAAGGAAUAUGCGGAAGGUUUCAGGCCCACUGUUCGAUCUGAAAUCAUUCAGGGAUGUCAAAUAUUCCAUGUUCAGUGCAGGCAUAUUCAUGAUAUUCUGUAGUUUAUAUGUUGGAUUCUUCUAUAUUGGUACUUUCGCUCGAGAUGCAGUCCAUCUCUCUGUAUCUACUUCCAGAACCAUCGUGAUUAUCAUUAACGCUGUUGGUGUUCCAGGCCGAAUCAUUCCAGCCAUUUUAGCAGAUGGAUACAUAGGGCCGGUGAAAACCCUACUCCCAUUUGUUUUUAUGGGAUCGAUUGUUCUCUACUCCUGGAUAGCCGUCACGUCUCUAGGUGGCCUUCUACCCUUCAUAGUUCUCUACGGAAUAGCUGGAGCCGCUGUUCAAGGCCUCUUCCCAUCUGCAUUAGCGAGUCUGACAGAUGAUCCGAAGCAGAAGGGUGUUCGAAUGGGCAUGGUUCUUUCCAUAGCUGGCCUGGGAAGUCUAGCGGGACCUCCCAUUGCUGGUGCGCUGAUCACUACGGACGGGGGAGGGUUUCUUUAUGCUCAGAUUUUCAGUGGGACUAUGAUGAUGGGCGGGGCGAUGAUUCUUUCGCUUGAUCAGCUGCUGGCAUGGAAGAUGAAUCGACAAUCAGCACCUACGGAUGUUAGCAACCACCCUAUCCCUUCAAUUAGGGAUGUUUGCUAG